CAGACUUUGGUAUAGACUAAAGCUGGACACACACUAUGGAUACCAAGGGCUGUACAGCAACAAUUUCUUCUUCCACCCCAUCCCAAAACUGCCCUAGGAUUACAAAUGUUAGCAUCAACUCUUCUAACAACAGCUGCCAUCAUGGUGAUCUUGAAGCCAACAGCUGCCAACAGGUUAGCCACGUUCUGAGAACUCCCCAGGACCAAGGUUGCCGACACACUCCUUGGUUUCACCAUACGCCCGUCUAUGUAAUAAGCAAUUUCAACGCCUGUCGCUCUCUGGAUGACUGCUGCUGGUAUGGCGAAGGCAUUAACAGUAAUGAGAAAGAGACCAUGCAGAUCUUAAAUGAACGCCUUGCUAACUACCUGGAAAAGGUGCGGAUGCUGGAACAAGAAAACGCCGAACUGGAGUCUAAGAUCCAGGAAGAGUGUAAGAAAGAGCUUCCUGUCCUAUGCCCUGACUACCUGUCCUACUACACUGCCAUUGAGGAGCUCCAUCAGAAGAUCUUGUGCACCAAGGCUGAAAAUUCCAGACUGGUCUCACAAAUUGACAACACCAAACUGGCUGCAGAUGACAUGAGAGCCAAGUAUGAUGCUGAGACGUCUCUACGCCAGCUGGUAGAGGCAGAUAUCAAUGCCCUAAAGCAGAUUCUGAAUGCACUGACCCUGACCAAGGCUGACCUGGAGGCACAAGUUCAGUCCCUGAAGGAGGAGCUCCUUGGCCUCAAAAACAACCAUGAAGAGGAAAUCAAUCCCUUACAGUGCCAGCUUGGAGACAGACUUCACAUUGAAGUGACCGCUGCUCCUUCCAUUGACCUAAACUGGGUUCUACAAGAAAUGAGAUGUCAGUAUGAGUCCAUCAUGGAGAUGAACCGCAAAGAUGUGGAGCAAUGGUUCAAUGCGCAGAUGGAGGAGCUGAAUCAGCAAGUGGUGACCAGCUGUCAACAGCAGCAAUGCUGCCAGAAGGAGUUCAUAGAACUGAGACGUACUCUGAACACCCUGGAGGUGGAACUGCAGGCUCAGCACCGAAUGAGAGAUUCUAAAGAAUGCAUCCUGACGGAGACAGAAGCCCGCUACACAGCCCUACUAACACAGAUCCAGAGUCUGAUUGAUAGCCUGGAGGCUCAGCUAGCAGAGAUCCGCUGUGCCCUGGAAAGACAGAAUCAAGAAUAUGAGAUUCUGCUGGACAUCAAGUCCCGGCUGGAGUGUGAGAUUGCCACCUACCGCAGCCUUCUGGAGAGCUUGGAUGGCGAGCUUCCCAGUAAUCUGUGUGACACCAAAUGUGAGCCUUUUGCUUAUAUACCUUGUAAGACCAGAGCCGUGGAAUGCAUGGUCCCAGUUUGCGCAACCUCAGCGCCCCACGGUUUACGUGAGCCUUACAGUGCCUAUGGACCCCUGACCCGGAUACUCGUUAAAAUAUGCACCAUCACCAAGGAGAUUAAGGAUGGGAAGGUCAUUUCUUCUCACGAGCACGUGCAGCCUUGCUUCAUCACCAGACCUGCCAAAGUCUAACAGCUCAAGGUGAUGACAGUGACCCACAUUCCUGAGAGGCCAAGACAGGCUCCUGCCAGAGAGGUUUAAGAACUCCCCAGCCCCUUAAGGUAUUUAGUUUCUUACCACUACAGUGGGUCCCUGUUGCUAGGUAGAAUAUCUUUUAUUCUGCUCCUUCCCUAAGUCACUGCUGCCAACAUGAUAAUAAAUUACAUUU